GUACAUUUUUUCCCUCUGCAAUUGUAGGAUGAGACGUUGAUUCUCCUGAAUACGAAGGAGAAGAAACAAUCGAAAAAACUAAAAAAAACAUAAAUGUCAGUGGCUGGACCCGAAUCUCCCAGGCCAGCUCUUGAAAAGAUUGACCGCGUUGAAUCUUUUAAGAAGAAGCUAAGAAAUUCCUUCACUAGGAGGAAUAGGCGAAGCAGUAGCAAGGUUAUGUCGGGUGAAAUUGAAGAUAUCCGCAAUGCUGAUGAUUUGAAAGCCGUUGAUGAAUUCCGUCAGGCUCUCGUGUUGGAGGAAUUGCUCCCUGAGAAGCAUGAUGACUAUCAUAUGCUGCUCAGAUUCCUUAGGGCAAGGAAAUUUGACAUUGAGAAAUCAAAGCAAAUGUGGUCUGACAUGCUUAAGUGGAGGAAGGAAUUUGGUGCUGACACUAUUAUUGAGGACUUUGAAUUCAAGGAACUUGAGGAAGUAAUGCAAUAUUAUCCUCAUGGACAUCAUGGAGUUGAUAAGGAAGGAAGACCAAUUUACAUUGAGAGGCUGGGACAAGUUGAUGCCACCAAGUUGAUGCAAGUCACGACCAUGGAUCGUUACAUCAAAUACCAUGUCAAGGAGUUCGAGAGGACUUUUGAUCUCAAAUUUGCAGCUUGUUCCAUUGCUGCAAAGAAGCACAUUGAUCAAAGUACCACCAUUUUGGAUGUCCAAGGAGUGGGUCUUAAGAACUUCAACAAACAAGCAAGGGACCUUAUCACGAGCCUUCAGAAGAUUGACGGUGACAAUUAUCCUGAAACCUUGAACCGCAUGUUCAUCAUCAAUGCAGGUUCUGGAUUCAGAAUGUUGUGGAACACUGUUAAAUCCUUCCUUGAUCCAAAGACCACAGCAAAAAUCCAUGUUCUUGGCAACAAGUACCAAAGCAAAUUGCUUGAAAUAAUUGAUGCAAGUGAAUUGCCAGAGUUUUUAGGAGGUACUUGUACCUGCGCUGAUCAAGGAGGCUGCAUGCGUUCUGAUAAGGGUCCAUGGAAGGAUCAAGAAAUUUAUAGGAUGGUUCAGAAUGGCGAACACAAAUGCUCAACGAAAUGUGAGGUUCCAAUCGUGGUAGAAACACCUAGGGUAAGCGAGGCUGCCAAAAUCGAGGCAGUUUUCACUGCACAAUUGUCAGUUGCACAAAGGAAUCCUGUCCUUGCCAAGGUCCCUUCUGCAAAACCUAGCAACUACGAGGAAUUUGUUGUCCCUGCAAAACCUACCAACUACGACGAAUUUGUUGUCCCUGUGGCUGAUAAAACUGUUUGGAAGAAGGUGGAACCAAAUGAGACAUAUGCAGUAUCAAAAGCUGUAGUGGAAGCUUUCACGAUGCCUGAUUCGUGUAAGAUUCACGAAAAGGUGAACUCACAGAUUUUCACCGGUGUGAUGGCCUUUGUGAUGGGAAUUGUAACAAUGGUGAGGAUGACAAGAAACAUGCCGAAGGUGCUCACUGAUGCCAACUUCUACUCAAAUUCUGCUUACGCUGGUGAGGACUAUAAAGCCGAAGUCCCUUCUGAACAAAUGACUAGCCCUACCAUUUCUGCUCAAGAGUUUAUGACUGUGAUGAAACGCAUGGCUGAGUUGGAAGCUAAAAUGGGUAACAUGAACGCACCAACUACUUGCAUGCCACCUGAGAAGGAGGAAAUGCUUAAUGCUGCGAUAACUCGCGCUGAUGCUCUUGAGCAAGAACUUAUGGCAACCAAGAAGGCUUUGGAGGAUUCACUUGCCAAGCAAGACGAGCUUUCGGCUUACAUCGAGAAAAAGAAAAAUAAGAAGAAGAAGUCGUUGUUUGCAUGGCCAGCAUGA